AUGCCAGAGGAGCUGGAGCAGGAGGGGCAGCACGUGCAGCGCGUGUACCCCGUCGACGACGCGCUCGGCGGGCCGGGCGCCUUUGCACACAACCCGCUCGCACACAUGACGGAACGGCACCCGCUUGCGACGGCCGCCUCGGCCGCCCGCCUCGAGGCGGACUGGGCACCGCACUGGAGGGGCGUGGAGGGAGCCAAGGUGCGGCUCGAGAAGUCGCCCGCCAACAUGCUCCGCGCGCGCUUCCUCCAGGCCCUCUGGCCGAACUCCUACCACCUCAUCAUCGUACGCCAUCCCGUCGCCGUUGCGUUUGCGACCGCCGCGUGGGCGGCGAGGCACGGCGGCGGGAAGAGGGCGGCGUCGGCGGCGUCGGUGGUCGAGUUUGCGCGGCACUGGCUCCGCGCGCACGACCUCCUCCUCGCCGACCUCUCCUCCCUCACCAACGUCCGAAUCGUGCGGCUGGAAGAGUUUGCCGCCGAACCCCGCGCCGACGGCGGAGCUGGCCGAACGGUGCUCGAAGGCGGCAACCGAGGAUGGAUGUGCUAA